CACGCCGGUUCACACCACAUUCUACUGAGGAGAUCGCUUCAAAUAACCGAAACCAUCCCGACAUUGGCUCCAUCGAACCCCGAGUGACCCUGGAACUCGUCGAAAUUGAAGAAGGAAUCAAUGAGGGAGAAGUUCUCUAAAGCAUACUACGAAGACUCUAGACGAACUGUUAAGACUGAUAGUUUAUAUGGACAAGAAGAAGCACAUAAAGAAGCACCGUGUGUAGGAAAGCGAAAAACGGGUUAUUAAAAAAACGAGAAGACGUACGAUUGUCAAGGGGCAACAGGAUGCUGAGGAGACAGAGGUGAAGGCAAUUCGAGAUAAUGCUACUCGUAAGCAAGGUGCUACUACUGGACAAGUUGAAGAAGUUGAAAAUCAGACGGAGAAGGAUAGAGAGAUUGUGAUGAAUCGGGAGAGAAAUCUGAAGCGUGCCAACGAGGAAUGGGGAACAACUGAAGCCUCGAAGCGUCCAAGAUAUGAGGAUAGUCGUGGUGUUUUCCGAGGUGGAUUCAGAGGAAGAAGAGAAGAUCGUGGUGGCUUCCGUUGAAGUGACGACCGAGUAGGAUUCAGAGGACGUGACGGAGGUGGUGGCUUCCGUGGUGGGCAAGGUGGAGAUUGAGGCGGUUUCCGUGGUCGUCGUCAAUUCUAAUAUCAGUUGUUGUUUUGCAAUUUAUUGGUUUUCUGCGU